AUGAGUGACUUAGAAUGGGAAGAAGAGACGGCGGGCGAAGAGGGGCUAAGCUUCGGAAACGCCCAAUUUGAACACCAAGAAAAUGACAACGCUGCGUACCGCGGAGAUCGUGGUGCUGCUAGAGGCUCCGGCGGCAACGAGAAGCAACAGAACGAGGUUCCGAGGGAGGUGUACAUACCACCGCCCCCGUCGGAAGACGAGAAAGAAAUUUUUGGUUCCGGCAUCAGCUCUGGCAUCAAUUUCGAAAAUCUGAACGACAUCGAGGUUUCUGUCUCGGGCGAGGAUCCCCCGAACCCCUUACAAAGCUUCGAAGCAUCCGGUUUGAGUGAAACAUUACUCAUCAACAUCCGUAAAUCGGGGUACAAGAAACCGACCCCAAUCCAGCGGCACGGUAUUCCGGUAGUUCUCGCCGGACGGGAUUUAAUGGCCUGCGCUCAGACAGGAUCGGGCAAGACGGCAGCCUUCAUGCUUCCGAUGAUAAACACUUUGUUAGAAAUGGACCUUGAUAUGCGAAGCCGAAACCCGUAUGUCCUAAUAGUCGCCCCGACACGUGAGUUGGCGAUCCAGAUUCGCGACGAAGGACGCAAAUUUGCCCACGACCCUAGCGGAGUGAAGCUAAAGGUGUGCAUUUUGUACGGUGGCGCGGACUGGCGCAGUCAAAUGAACUUUAUAAAUGGAGGUUGCCAGAUAUUGGUCGCAACACCCGGACGUUUGAUCGACAUUAUCGAUCGGGGGUGGGUAAACUUUGAAAACGUGAAAUUUGUGGUUCUGGACGAGGCGGACCGCAUGCUCGAUAUGGGCUUUCUGCCGUCAAUCGAGAAAAUAAUGUCUCAUUCGACAAUGGCUCCAAAGGAGGACCGCCAGACGCUCAUGUUUUCGGCCACAUUUCCCCGCGAAAUUCAAGAGCUGGCGGGUAAUUUCCUUAGCAAUUACAUUUACAUCGCGGUCGGCAUCGUUGGGGCAGCGUGUAGUGACGUGCAGCAGGAGGUCUACGAGGUGGGUAAAUUCGACAAGCGACAAAAGCUAGAGGAAAUCCUCGGCAGCGAAGAUCCGAUUGGCACGCUCGUCUUUGUGGAGACGAAGCGUAACGCCGAUUAUCUGGCCACGUUUAUGUCAGAGACGCAGUUUAAGGCAACCUCAAUUCAUGGGGACCGUUUGCAGCGCGAACGCGAACAGGCCCUGUCACAGUUUAGAACGGGUCGUAUGAAGGUGCUGAUUGCGACGUCGGUGGCGGCACGCGGCCUCGAUAUGAAGAGCGUCCGCCAUGUGAUCAAUUACGAUAUGCCAACCAGAAUCGAUGACUAUGUUCAUCGUAUCGGUCGCACCGGGCGCGUCGGUAACAAGGGGAGGGCCACUUCCUUCUACGAUCCCAGCGCUGAUUCGGCCAUUGCCAACGAUCUAGUGAAGAUUCUUAAGCAAGCUGGCCAGCCGGUGCCGGGUUUUUUGGAAGGAUUUGGUGGUUCGGAUGGUUUUGGGCCGUUCGAUGGUUCAACCAGUUUUGGUGGUCGCGACAUUCGCGACUCCUUCGGGAGUCGCCAAGCGCAACCGACGGCUUUGGAGCCGGAGGAGACGUGGGAGGAGUGA